GAAGAAGGGGCUGGUGCCACCCGGUCUCAAUUUACAGGUCACGGAGAACGGGGGUCGACGAGAGCCUCGUCUUUAAAUGCGGGUUUUUCUGUUUCAAGUUCGUUUGUAGAUGAGAUGGCGAAGUACUUGGAGCGGUUUUACAGCCUCACCACGACGAACCCGGACUUAUCGAAAGGAAGAACGCAGACCGAGG